GUGACUUUGGAGAAGGUGUUGGGGAUAACGGUGUCGGGAGGCAGAGGAUUAGCCUGCGACCCCAGAACUGGCCUCGUUGCUUAUCCAGCAGGGUGUGUUGUUGUGCUGUUCAACCCUAGAAAAAAUAAGCAACACCAUAUUCUAAACAGUUCCAGGAAAACAAUUACAGCACUUGCUUUCUCUCCAGAUGGAAAAUAUUUGGUUACAGGAGAGAGCGGACACAUGCCAGCAGUUCGGGUAUGGGAUGUGGCGGAGCGGACCCAGGUGGCUGAGCUCCAGGAGCACAAGUAUGGCGUGGCCUGCGUGGCCUUCUCCCCCAGCUCUAAGUACAUUGUUUCAGUGGGGUACCAGCAUGACAUGAUUGUCAAUGUGUGGUCAUGGAAGAAAAACAUUGUAGUGGCAGCCAACAAAGUCUCAAGUAAAGUGACAGCUGUGUCAUUCUCAGAGGACUGCAGUUACUUUGUCACUGCUGGAAAUCGACACAUCAAGUUCUGGUACCUGGAUGACAGCAAAACCUCCAAGGUCAAUGCCACAGUCCCCUUGCUAGGUCGCUCGGGAUUGCUUGGAGAACUGAGGAACAACUUCUUUGCAGAUGUGGCGUGUGGAAGGGGCAAAAAAGCUGACAGCACCUUCUGUAUCACAUCCUCAGGCCUGCUCUGUGAAUUCAAUGAAAAAAGGCUGCUAGACAAGUGGGUGGAGCUGAGGAAUACAGACAGCUUCACAACCACUGUGGCAAACUGCAUCUCUGUGAAUCAUGACUACAUCUUCUGUGGCUGCGCUGACGGCACCGUGCGGAUUUUUAACCCUCUGAACCUUCACUUUGUCACUACACUGCCGAAGCCGCACUUCCUGGGAACAGACAUUGCGAGUGUGACUGAGGCCAGUCGUCUUUUCUCUGGUAUGGCUGAUGCAAAGUACCCGGACACAAUUGCCUUGACAUUUGACCCCACCAACCAGUGGCUUUCCUGUGUAUACAAUGACCACAGCCUGUAUGUGUGGGAUGUCAAAGACCCGAAGAAAGUGGGCAAGGUGUACUCCGCUUUGUACCACUCUUCCUGCGUGUGGAACAUUGAGAUGUAUCCGGAGGUGAAGGACAACAAUCAGUCAUGCCUCCCCCCUGGUUCCUUCAUCACCUGCUCCUCUGACAACACCAUUCGUCUGUGGAACACAGAGAGCUCCAACAUUCACGGCACAGCGCUGCACCGGAACAUCCUCAGCAAUGACUUGAUGAAAAUCAUCUAUGUAGAUGACAACACUCAGGUACUUCUGGACACUGAUUACAAAGCUGAUGCACAGGUGAUGGAUACGAAGGUGGGGAUACGCACUGUCUGUGUGAGUCCCAGUGGGGAGCACCUGGCCUCGGGGGACAGGAUAGGCACGCUCAGGAUAUAUGAGUUGCAGUCUCUGAGGGAAAUGUUGAAGGUGGAAGCCCAUGACUCUGAGAUCCUAUGUCUGGAGUACUCCAAACCUGACACAGGCUUAAAGCUCUUAGCUUCAGCCAGUCGGGAUAGAUUGAUUCACGUCUUGGAUGCUGGAAAGGAUUAUAGCCUGCAGCAGACCCUGGAUGAACAUUCUUCUUCCAUCACUGCUGUGAAGUUUGCAGCCAACGAUGGGAAAGUGCGAAUGAUAAGCUGUGGGGCAGACAAGAGCAUCUAUUUCCGCACUGCGCAGAAGACAGGAGAAGGGGUUCAGUUUACCCGAACACAUCACAUUGUUAGGAAGACCACUCUGUAUGACAUGGACGUGGAUCCCAGCUGGAAAUACGCAGCUAUUGGAUGCCAGGAUCGUAACAUCAGGGUUUUCAACAUAAGCAGUGGAAAGCAGAAGAAGCUUUACAAAGGAUCCCAAGGUGAAGAUGGCACCCUCAUCAAA